AUGGCUGACGAAAGACCAGGAAAAAGUCCGAUUUUUGGGGGGUCAUUAACAUCCAAAAAGGUCAUGAAAAGUGCUACUGACGGAAGGUUUUGGUGGUCUAACCACAGCAGAGGCCUCUUUCCAAAAUAUGCCAUUUAUACCUUUAUAGUUUUUCUUUUUGGACUUUGGGGUCUGCCCCUCAUGGUUGAUGCGGAAUGUAAAUUUCCUCGCCAUACAAAUACGACAUUAGCUAACCAAAUAUAUAAACGUUUGGCACCUAUAGACCAGAAAAAAUUUCUUGUUUAUGAUGCCGUUAAGUAUCAUUACAAUGUUGGUAUUUGUACAGCUGUAUCUGACUACCCCAAUGAGGAUGAUGUUGGUGCUACUCAAAUUGAACUUGAUACCAGUGGGCAGCUUGUGAAAACACGCAUUGUUGGAAGGAUCUCUGAUGUACAGAUUAUGGCGGGCACCAACUGGGUUUUAUUGGAGUAUUUUGGUGGAGACCCUUACAACAGCCAUUGCAAUGGUUCUUCUCGACAAGCCGCUAUUAUGAUCAUUUGUGAUGAAAAUUCUUCAAGUGACAAUCCUAAAUUGCGGGUAAUAGAAGAGAACCGAAAUAAAACCUCUGGUUGCUAUUACUUGUUUGAAUUGUCACAUAAUUGUGUCUGUUAUAAGGAACCCUUUAUAACAGUUGGACUCGGUACCGGUUCUAUCAUAGUCAUUAUAUUUUUGUGUGCUGUUUUUGUUUACCUGAUCGGAGGCUUCAUGUAUAUGCGAUUUGUGCUUGGAGCAAAAGGUUAUGAACAAAUUCCAAAUUAUGGCUUUUGGCAAGACUUUGGAAAUCUUCUUUCUGAUGGAUGCAAUUUGGCUUGUCGAUCAGGAAAUCAAGGGCAACCCAAAACCUACAAAGGCAUUGGGGAUGAUCAGUUGCAAGAUGAUGAUGAUGAAAGAGAUGAGCAUUUGUUGCCAAUGUGA